AUGGCGGCCGGACUCGAUGUCCUCCCCAGCCCUCAGCAACACUCGCUGUUGCCACGCUUCUUGACGGUAGCCAGCCUCGCCACGCCGUCCCAGCGCCAGAUGAGCCAGCCGGCUUCGGCCAACCGAAACGACGUUGUCGCCACGAGGUUUGAGUCGGUGCUGGUGGUCGCGUUGGUGGUGGCGCCGCGCAAUCGAGUCUCCCAUCAUCAGUUCGUGCAUUCGGCCAAUUGGCUGUCGAGACCGCCUGUCGGCCUUGCCUCGAGUCCCGCCAGACCCGGCCCGGCUGUCGGGCCAAUCAGAAGUCGGCCUCCGGUGGCGAUGAGCCGAUUGGUCGCCGUCGCGGCAGACACCGGCUUUGGCCCAACCCGGUCUGAGGGUCCGAAAGAGUCGCGAGUUCGAGCCCCGCGUCACGUCUCGCCAGGCCGUGCCGACGAUGCUCUCGCCCGACACGAUCCGGUCCCGGGCGCGCCCGAUUGGCUGGUGCAGCUCUUUUAUGCCGCCUGGCCGCAGUGGCAAGACGGCCUCGCAAAAACGCCGAGCUCCGGCGCGAUUCGAGCUUGGGUCUCGGACGGACCGGCGCCAAGCGGCACCUGCGAGGCGGUGGAGGCCGACGACAAGACCCGGCCCGCGGGACUCGAGGGUGCGCAGGGCGGCGGAUGGAGGGCGGUUUGCGGUCCGAUUAUCGUGCCCCGGCAACGCUGGUUCGCCCGACCCCGAGUCUCGGUUCUGCGACGUCGGGCUCGACGAAUCCGCAACACACCCUCGCACCGACGUCGACGCACCAUCUUCGCGUCGCUACGGCUUGACGGCGGCUUGGCGUCGCCGCCACCGCCACCGUUGCCGGAAGUCGUCGUUUCUCCUCUUUCCCUCUCCUCCUCCGCCUCUUCCUCCUCUUCCUUCUCCUCUUCACGCAUCGAAGGCUCGACGGAGGAGGAACUGACGGUCCACGAAACCAAUACGCUGGUUGAACUGUUUCGGAUACAGCCUCUCCAUUUGGGUUGGUGCCAUUCCAGUCCGAAGGACCGGACAUUCCGUCGUCUCUUCAGUCAUUCUGUCGUCUUGUGCACAACGGCAUGA